GCUCGCCGCUCCCGGGGCGAUCGCGCAGCCUGUGAGCGGGGCGCCGGGAUGCCGCGGCCCGAGCCCAUGCCCGGCUACGGGCAGCUCCUGCAGUGCGGCUACCGGAGCCUGGCGGGGGCGGUGCGGAGCUGCACGGACUGCGGCUGGGAGCUCUCCCGGCGGACCUGGGCCGAGAACGCGUCGCUCGGCUGGAGCGAGACCCUCCUCUGCGUGCUCUGUGCCAUCGGCUGGACCUGGCUACGCAGGGCCGCCUCCGGCUGCCUCUUUCGGCCGUUCGGGGAGUGGUGUAACCUGCAGCCAAAGGAUGCUGCCAAGAUGCCCGAGAGCGCCUGGAAGCUGCUGUUCUACACGCUGUCCUGGUCAUAUGGCGCCUACCUGCUCUUCUUCACCGAGUACCCCUUCUUCCACGACCCGCCCUCCGUCUUUUACGGUUGGGAGAAGGGUAUGGAUGUACCCACCGACAUUGGCAUCGCCUACUUGCUGCAGGGCAGCUUCUACGGGCACUCCAUCUAUGCCACCGUAUACAUGGACGCCUGGCGCAGGGACUCCGUAGUCAUGCUCAUCCACCACGUGGUGACGCUGACGCUCAUCGUCUUCUCCUACGCGUUCAGGUUCCAUAACGUGGGGAUUCUCGUGCUCUUCCUGCACGACAUCAGCGACGUGCAGCUGGAGUUCACCAAGCUCAACGUCUACUUCAAGCACCGGGGCGGGAUCUAUCACCGGCUCAACGACGUCAUCUCCGACCUCGGCUGCCUCACCUUCAGCAUCAGCUGGUUCUGGUUCCGCCUCUACUGGUUCCCCCUCAAAGUGCUCUACGCCACCUGCCACACCAGCCUGCAGUCUGUGCCCAACAUCCCCUUCUACUUCUUCUUCAACGCCCUGCUCUUCGCCCUCGCCCUCAUGAACGUCUACUGGUUCCUGUACAUCGUCCUGUUUGUGGCCAAGGUGCUGACGGGGCAGAUGCAGGAGGUGAAUGACGUGCGUGAAUACGACGUGGAGGAGAGCAAGAAAACCACAGGGCCCCAGAAAGCGGGUGAACUCCAGCUCCCCAAAUCCUGGAAAGAAGGGAACCACCUGAAGAACGGGCUGAUAAAAGACAAACGGUUAUAAUGGAACUGCUGGGCAGCCGCUGGGGACUGACCCGAGGCCCUCCAUGAACCCAGCGAAGGAGAGAGCCCCGUGGAGAAGGAGUGCAAGAUCCUACCCCACCCCCGCCUGGAGCUGGGGAGCAGCUGGCAGCCGACAGAAACAGUCCACUCCUCUCGGCUUGGCUCUGGCCAGGUUUCACUUGAUGCUGACGUGGUUUCUGGAGCCAGUUUGUGCUGGGCACCCUGCAGACUGCUGGACGGGUCGGCUGAGAUGGGGGGGUGGGGAGGGGGGUUUCCUAGCAGGGUCCAGGUCAGAUAUGGAACUUGCUUUCGGUUACCUGGGAUCCCCUGUGCCAACCCCACCCCUUCGCCAUCCUCCCCCUCUGUGGUUUCCCCAGACCUGGCAAGUUGUGGGAUCCCAGGCAGCUCUUGUCUCUGGAGCACUGGCUGAGGCCGUGCAGCUGGUGAGGGGCUCAAAGCAGGGAGGCAAACACCCCCGCCCCUUUGGCACCAGCGUCCCAAGCAUGGGGGGCCCAGAGCCAGCUCUGCUGUAGCUUGCAAACAGGGAAUGGUGACAUACCGCUUGGGAGACGUGUUGUGCUGCUAUGAGCCCUGCUGUCCAGUAGGGGUCAGUGUACUACAGGGAGCUGCUGUAAGCGCAUCCAGGGGUUACUUCACAGGCCCCUGCCUGGACCCCCCCCCGGCCAGAGCCUAGAGGAUUCUCCCAGCAGCCUUCUCAGGCUGGUCAGACAGGCCUGCCCUCAGUACUGCUGCUCCUUUCGUCCCUUAGGAGGCCAGUGCCAGGGAUCAGAGAGAGAAGGGACAGCUGCUCCCUCUAGGUCUCCUGCCUUGAUGAAUCCCCUGGCCUGAGAAACCUUCUCUGCCUAAACCAAAGGACUCGCUAACGUCCCGACUGACUCGGGUUCCCAGGCAGUGCGAGUUCUGAGCUUUGCAUUUCCUGCAGGCUGGGCUGGGCUGAGCUGUGAACAUUUCUGCUCAGUGGGGAAGAAACCCUGUGGAAUUUUGCCCCCAUCCCUCCCCCUGGAUCUGGACUCAUCCCAUUGCAAUACUCCUGCAGUGUCGGCUGAUGGCUUGCUGCCUGCUCCUCUCUGAGGGCCCUAACUCCAAGCCAGGGGGACAAUAGGCCACUGAAGGGACGUGCAGCCGGCCUGCAGAGGGUUAAUCCAAACGGGCAGGGGUGAGAGGCUGGUUGUUUUUUCUGGUCCCCUCGCUUAGAUGCAGACCCCAGAUAGCGCUGCAUAAGCCACAAAGAGACUCCCUGGAAAACAUCAGAGACUGGGAGGUAACAUGAAACCGUGAGCCAGGUUGUUAGAAAUCCCCCAAUUCUGGCUGGGUCCCCCCAGCCAGCCGAACUAGCGAGGACAGGACAUUAAACAUCCCACCCACUG